UCUAAGCUUAUCUCUAUAUCGUUCCAGAACUCCCUUUCUUCACGAGCAAGUUUUCAAGGCUCGUGGGGUACGUCAAAAAAGGUCGUGGUUCUUCCGCUACGUGAUCAGUAUCUCACAAAAAAAUUUCAGGGUUUUAGGUUUAACAAAGAAUGUCUUUAGAAGAUAAUUACCCGGGAAAAGCAAAAGUUAUUGAAUCUGACUAUGCAAUGGAAGAAGAUGUUCAGUCACAGAUCUCCUGGUUUCCAGCGACCCCUGCAAAGCUGCAGAAUGUCUUUGUUAGAAGGCAAUUGCUAAACAGUUCCCAAGCUUCUAGUGCGGUGUCUUUGAGUUCUUCCUUGGAUGAAAACAAGGGUGUGUGUGAUGUGAAUGUGGCAUUGACUACAAAGGGUGAGGAACGUAAUUCUAAUGGUAUGGAACGCACAGAUUUUGGUUCUUUGGGAAUGAUAGACUUGAACAAAAGUGCUUGUGACUGUGAAGAAGUAAUGGAGAAUACAAGUGAAUGUGCUGGUGGAGCAGCUAAAGGCUUAGACUUUUUGCACUCUAGAGAGUCUAACAAAGAUCCUGAUGCUUGGGAUGUACCGUUGGCAAAUAUCCUUUCUACGGACAUCUUGAGUUUACUAAAUGUAGCUCCAGCCUCUCAGUCAUCUGAACAUGCAGUAAUGGAGCCUGUAAUUGAGUCAAUAUCCAAUAGUUUUUUUCUUGUUUCACAAUCUGAUAGUGAAAGACAAGCAGAAUCAGAAGAGCCUGCCGCCCACACUUCUUUGCACGUAGAGCAUGACCUCUCGCCUGGCUUAAGCAAUUGGAACAAUUCUAACAGCCCAGAAACUCAUGUACUUCAAUAUGACUCUCAGCCCAUCAAUGGCUCGAAUUCCACUUUUUCAUAUCAAUCAGAGAAACAGAAUGUGAAUGAAAGUCUGCAAAAUGGCAUAGACUUGAACAAAAGGCCACGACAGAGAUCCAAAAAAAAGAAAUAUUGGCCCAAAGUGGUAUGUGAAGGCAAACCCAAAAGGACUCCUAAACCUAAGAUGCCAGAACCUACAACUCCAAAGUGCACUUCUUCGGAGACAAAAAUGUCGAAGAAGAGGAAAUAUGUAAGGAAAAGCAGCCUCAAAAACUCGGUUACUCCCUCUGAUGUGAUGGUUAAUACCUCUGAAGAUGUGGUUGGAGAAGGGACUCCAAAACCUAUGACACCAGAACCUGCAACUCCAAAGCGUGCUAUGGUUACUAUCUCUGUAGAUGUGGUUGCAGAAAAGGACAAACCCAAAAGGACUCCAAAACUCAAGGCUCCAAAGCCUGAAACUCCAGAACAUGCUUCUUCCGAGAAAACAGUGCUGAAGAGGAGGAAAUAUGUGAGGAAAAGCAAGGCUAGUAAUUUGGUUGUCACCUCAGAUAAGGUCAUUGGAGAGGAAAAUUAUUCUGUCAUUAAGACAUGCAAGCGGGCUUUGAGUUUUGACUUAGAGAAUCAGUCCCAAGAUGAUAGCGCCAUGGCAAGAGCCACUUCCCAUCUUCAACCUCAAAAUUCAUGCAGACUGAGUUCAAGUUUAGAUUUGGAAAACCACUUGGAAGAAGAAAACAUUUCUUUACUUGCUUCUCAACAUCAACUCCAAAACUAUAGUGGCAAAAUUGAGAGUGCUGCUCCCAUUCAUGAAAACAGGAAUCAUAGAGAAUUAGUUACCGCAGAAGCAGAGAAGCCAGUGUUAGAAUGUUGUAACCAAGGAACAAAUCAUACUGGUUGUCAACACAAUGGCAUGUAUGUUUACAAAAGGAAAUUCCAAGUAAAUAAAUGUUAUAUCAAUAGCAGAAAACUAGGUCCAGUUUUUCCUAAGAUGUGGAGGAAAAGAAGGACCAGGCAGGGACAAAGAAGGAAGACAUACAGUGAUUUUUGGUCAGAAAUCCCAGCCAAAUUCAUUAUUCAAAUGCAAUCCAUGACAGCCAUGAAUGAUAUAAGUUUCAAAACUAAAGAUACAUUGUGCCAACCCAAAGUUAAGACAACAAAAAGGAGGUCCGACACACGCAUUCGUAGGCAUAGCUUUGAUGACUUAAUUAUACGUCCGUAUAAAAUUGGAACAAAAAAGAGAUCCAAGGGGCUUACUCAAAGGAGGAACCUUUCUAACUUGUCUGCAUUUCAUGUCUAUAAUCAUACUCAGUUAUCCACACAUAAAAUACUUGGUAGUGCUAGGCAAGAACAAGAAAUUGAGAUUUCCCGUGAACCUGAAACUUGCAAUGAUGUUUUUGUCAAUUCAGAGUUUCAUGAUGCAAAACCUGAAGGAAGCCUAGCUAAUGAUGCUUUAUUAUUUGGUGACAACCAUGAAGGGACUGUAGCAGAGAUGUGUACUGGUGACAGUUCAGAGUUUCAUUAUAGUAAAAGUGAUGGAAGCCUAACCGGUGAUGCUUUGUUUGACAGCAAUCUGGAAAGGACUGUAACAUGGACCGAGAGAGGACCUUCUUUUGUUGGCAAUACUAUGUGGACUGAGAUGGAGCCCUCUUUUGUAAAUUUAUGUUGUCACAAUGAAACUAGUGCAAACCCACGAGAACAUGAGGAUUUUCGACUCAGUUCAAAAUCAAGAGAUACACAAGAAAAAAGCAUCAAGUCCCUUCUUGAAAAUUUUGUGCUUGUCGGUAAUGGACAAACUCAUCUCCUGGAGCAAGACCAAAAUGCAUAUGGUCCUAAUAAUGGGCCUCAAACACUAAUUCCCUUUGAGGAACAAGAAAAAAUUGCACAUAACCCUAACAGAAGGCAUAGCACUAUCUCAACUAGGGAUGCUUAUGACCAGGAAAGGAGUGUAAUGGCAAUGCAUCUUGAGAUGGGACCCUUUCCUGUAAAUUUGGGGUUUAAUAUUAACAAAAGUGAGAAAAGUCAAUUGGAGCAUGAGCAUUUCUUGCUCCCUACCAAAUCAAAAGCUCUGCAGGAAGAAAGAAGUGAUGCCCACGCUUCGGAACUAAAGUGUAUCAGUAGUGAUGGACAAGCCCUAAUUUUAAUGCAAGAGCAGAGAACACAUAGUCCUAACAGCAGGCACAAUACUCUAGUUCCCUACCAGGAGCAAGGCCAUAAUGCACAUGAUCCUACCAACAUACAUGGCACACUAGUUCCCUAUCAAGGGCCAUUUGAGCCUACCAAAAAACGGCAACAACUUGUUAAAGUUGACCUUGAUCCAGAGACAAUGAGAGUUUGGAAGCAGCUAAUGGAUAACGGUUCUAGUGAUGGUGAAACAAAAGCAGAUGAGGAAAAGAAGAAAUGGUGGAAUGAAGAAAGGAAUGUGUUCCGUGGACGGGUUGAUGCAUUUGUUUCCCGCAUGCAUCAAAUCCAAGGGGAUAGACGUUUCAAACCAUGGAAAGGUUCAGUUGUGGACUCUGUGGUUGGAGUUUUUUUAACACAGAAUGUGUCAGACCACCUUUCAAGUUCUGCCUACAUUUCACUUGCCUCUAAGUUCCCAUCAAGUGACCAGAAAGCAAGCAAUGAAAAUCUGCUGAAAGUUGAUAGUAUAGAAUAUGUUGCGCCAGCAUUUGAUUCAGAAGGUAAUGAGCUGUUUGUCUCAAAAACUGAACUUGAUAUGAGUUAUGGAUUCGAUAAUGGAGCUGAGUUCUUGGCUGCUAGGGCAGAUGGGGCUCACUUGGAAGGAACUCAAGACAAGGGGCCUGUCAAAGAUGCAGAUGCACCUUGUAAAUCUGAAGACUCGUUUAGAGUGCAAACCACUGAUGGAAGCCAGCUGUCAUAUUCCUGUGGAUCCAUACCAGAUCUUGGAACAAUAUAUACACCCUUUAGCAUGGGAAGUUCCAAGGAUUUUUCAGAGCCUCUACAGUCUGAAAAAACCACCUUACUGCAGAAAUCAUGUAGUAACAAAAGCAAUAUAUUGUCAAGUAACGAGAACACUGAAAAUGAAUAUACAGAACCAAGAGGAAUGGAUGAUGAAAUUAGAAACUUAUGCGACAGAAUAAAUGACUUGGCACUUAACCAAGGUGCCAAUGAAUCUGAAAUUUCCUUUUUCGCUUCAAAUGUAGAAGUGGAUCAUCUGAAAAUCUUGGAGGACUGCAAGACUGGGAGUGUAGACCACAUGAGCAAAAACCCGACUCUUAUGGAAGAUUCCUGCCCUGAAGUUGUAGUUCAGCAGAAGAUGCCAUCAAAAACUCAAGAAGCAACUGAAGUUGUAUCAUAUACAUUUGAUAAGCCUUUUUUUCUCCCAGGGUGCAACUUACAAGGUGAUUGUGGGAUAGAAAAAGGUCCACAUACUAAAAAUUGUCAUGAAGGAGGAAGAACAAACUUUCAAACAGAAAAGAUAGCUGCUAAUGAGCUUGAAAGCUUGGUUGAUGAAAUGGUAGGAAAGAUGGAGCCAACCAGUGAUGCCAAUUCCUUGAAUAAGAAAAGGAGAAAAGGGAAAAAUACAAACUCAAAAGAAAAAUCUUCUUCUGGCAUGGUGUUUGAGGAGACAAAGACAACUACUCGUAGAGUGAAGAAUAAAAAGGUUGAAAAGGAAGAAGAAAUUGAUUGGGAUGAACUAAGGAGAACCUAUUCCACUACUGAGCCAAGAAGCAGCAAUCACAUGGAUUCUGUGGACUGGGAGGCGGUUAGAUGUGCAGAAAAUAGCGAGAUUGCCACAGCCAUCAAAGAUCGUGGCCAGCAAAACAUUAUUGCGGGACGAAUUAAGGACUUCCUUAACAGAGUGGUUACACUACAUAAAAGCAUCGACCUUGAAUGGUUAAGAAAUGUGCCACCUGAUUUAGCAAAGAAAUACCUUUUGGAAGUAAAUGGACUGGGGUUGAAAAGUGUGGAGUGUGUACGACUUUUAGCACUUCAGAAUAUUGCCUUCCCAGUGGAUACAAAUGUUGGUCGGAUAGCAGUGCGUCUAGGAUGGGUCCCCCUCCAACCAUUGCCUGAAGAACUCCAAAUACAUCUUCUAGAACAGUACCCACUUAUGGAUACCAUUCAGAAAUAUCUAUGGCCACGACUGUGUAACCUUGAUCAACCAACAUUGUAUGAACUACAUUAUCAACUGAUAACCUUUGGAAAGGUUUUCUGCACAAAGAGAAAACCGAAUUGCAUUGCUUGUCCAAUGAAGGGAGAAUGCAAACACUUCGCGAGCGCAUUUGCAAGUGCGAGGCGUGCCCUACCAGCACCAGCAGAGAAAAGUAUAGCAACUUCAAUGGUUCCCAGUACAGCAGAAAACUGUAAUCCAGUUACCAACCCAACAUCGCUACUUCUUGAGCCCAACCAACUUCAAGCAUCAGAGAAUCAAACCAAGAACUGUGAACCUAUCAUUGAAGAGCCAGCAUCACCAGAGCCUGAAUGUACACCUAUCAUUGAAGAACCAACAUCACCAGAGCUUGAAUAUAUUGAAUUAACAGAAAGGGACAUUGAAGAUUUCUCUCAGGAUGAUCCUGAUGAAAUUCUUACAAUCAACCUCAGUGGUAAAAAGUUCACAGCACAUCAGAAUCUGGAUGAGAAUAACAUGUCAAGAGCUUUAGUUGCUUUAACUGCAGAAGCUGCUUUCAUCCGCAUGCCCAAACUGAAGAAUGUUAGCCGCUUAAGGACAGAGCAUCAAGUCUAUGUAAUUCCAGAUUUUCAUCCACUUCUUAAAGGACUUGAUAGACGAGUAAAUGAUGAUCCAUGCCCAUACCUUCUUGCCAUAUGGACACCAGGUGAAACUGCCAAUUCAUUUGAACCACCGAAGAAAAGAUGCAAUUCCCAGGAUGGAGAACUCUGCAAUGAGAAAACAUGCUUUUCUUGCAACAGUAUUCGAGAACAGAACUCCAACACAAUUCGCGGAACAAUUUUGAUACCCUGUCAAACGGCAAUGAGAGGGAGCUUUCCACUGAAUGGAACAUACUUUCAAGUUAAUGAGGUAUUUGCUGAUAAUGAAUCAAGCCAAAACCCAAUAAAUGUUCCUAGGGAAUUGAUAUGGCAUCUAGAAAGGCGAACUGCAUACUUUGCAACUUCAGCAACAACAAUACUUAGAGGUUUAUCAAUAGAUGAAAUUCGGACUUGCUUUAUCAGAGGGUUUAUUUGUGUGAGAGGAUUUGACCGAAAAACAAGGGCUCCAAGACCUCUGGCAAAAAGAUUCCACCGCUCAACAAGCAUGAUGGGAAAGUCAAAAACAGAGGAGUAGGAGAUGACUACAAAACCAGCCAAAGGAUUGCAAUAUUGACACCUACUUGCCAGAGGUUCCCAGAUUGUAUUACAGACAAUUUCGACCAUCAACAUCUAUGGUGCCAGUUUGUGAAGCAUUGUAGAUAAUUUUUUUUUUUUUAUAACUCAAUUGUUGGGGGAGGGAAGAUUUGAACUUUAGACAUCUUAGUUGAAACAGUAAGAGGUAUCAAUUGAGUUACAAGACUCUUGGCAUUUGUUGAUGAUGUUUGUGUUGCUCAUUAUACAUCUCUGUCCUGUAUGCUAAAUUCAGUUUCUUUAAUAUGUAUAGAUUCUCAUUGUUUGCUGACAGAACUCUCAUUUGUACACAUUUACAUGUUUAUGUUGCAAAGACGAGGAAAUUGACAGCACACAGACAGUUACUAACAUGAUGCCUCAAAAUGUGAUGUCUCAAAAGGUGGUAGAUAACUAGAUAUAGUUGCCUCAUUGGAAAUGGAGAGUUUGUUGUGGUGAGAAGGGUGAGAUUUGGGGGUUGUUCUUCUUUGUAUCAUGUCGACAGUUUGGCACAACUUCAACGAUAAAGAGCUAACCAUAAAUUCUUGGAAGAGCAUUCUGUUAUGCUCUUGAUACAAACAGCUUUGAGUUUUUGGAAAUUUACAUUGUAUUCUUUCCUAGAUUUCAUGGGUUUUAUGAAUUCUCGAAUGAAAAUUUCUGUAAGAAACUAAGGAUGUAUAAUGUAUAGCUUCAGUUAGGAGUC